AAAGUGAAGGAAAACGAAGACGAAAGACCUCUAAACUCUAAAACACCAUUUUUACAUUAAAUUCUCACGCAGAACACACACUGGCAUAUGCAUACACGUAUUCUGCCUAUCUAUCAACCAACAUAUUCAUAUUUUCGGAACUGCUUUGAUGAUUUUCACGUAAUCUAGGGCACAAAUAGUCCUUUGCUUUGAGUUGAGGUACCUUGUGCAUCAAAAGCAAAACCCUAGAGCAGGACCAAAAUUCUUAGAGGCCUCACGUUUUACGAGCCCUAGAUUGCAAUUCGUUCCCUCAUAAUCGUAAUUCAGUAGGAGUUCUUUUCCAUGAUUAUAGUAGAGACCAUGUGUAGCAGUUGAAGUGGGGAAUGCAUGGGAUGUAGUUCAGCACAUGUUCGCAUAGUCAAUGCCGAAGUUGAUUCUAUGGGAGGUGUUGUUGAGGGUGGAGUUGGAAAUGCUAUCAAAUCUUCUCUGCAUAAAGUAGCAAUCGAGAAGGUUCAAGUGGAGCUCAGGCAAGAAUGUGGCGUUCGGGAUGAACGAAAAAGAGAAUUGGAGUUUCUUGAGAAUGGUGGAAAUCCCUUAGACUAUAAUUUUGGGAUCGUUGCUUCAGUUAGUGUUCAGUCUACUUCUAUUACCGACCAACAUCCUGACCAGUUUGUGACCAGUGAAGCAAAAGGCAGUCUUGCGUUUGCAGCAUCACCUCAUGGAGACUCUGUUGAGAGUAGUGAUAGACCUGGGACAAAUCCUUGCGAUCCCAACAGUGCUGAUAAUCUCUUGUUAUUUGACGCUGAAAAUGAAUUUUCUGAAGGUGGUAGGAGUUUGGGCCGUAGGAGUAGUGUUAUGCAAUCUGAAAAAUCAUGCCAAAUGGAUGGGGGUCUUAAAACUCAGGAACAAGGCGAUUCAGCUAUUUUUUCUCUUCCUAGAAAAGCAUAUAAGAGAAGGAACAGAUCCCAGUCCAAUCGUGAUGGAGCUAGGUCGAGUUCUACUGAUGUAAAUCCUCCUCAGGGCCUCCAUGGAGCUCCACUACCUUAUCGCCAUGUCCCCAAGGAUGCUGAAGUAUUGUCAUCUGAUGCAGAUAAUAAAAAUAUAAUGUCACGUCUGAAUUUAAAACCUACAAGCCCAAGUAAUGAUAUCAUCUCUAAGGCUGUAGCAAUGGAUUGUCAGGAUAUUGAGUUGAAGGAGUUGAAGUCUUCUAAAUCAACAAAGGACCAGGUACAAGGUGUUCCCUUGGAUGCUGCAUCAGAUGUUUCUGAGAACCCUUUAAACGGACAACUUAACCAACAAUCACUUUUGGUGGUCACAGACACUCGUAAACAGAUAGAUUCUAAUAGGCCUGAAGCAAUCCAGACAGCAGAAAUAACUUCUGCAGCUAUUGAGUGUCUGCCAAGUGCUACUAUUAUUAAAGUUGAGAAUCAAUCUAGUUCAUGCCAGUAUAAUGGUUUUGGCAGACAGAUAGGGGAUGAUACCAUGACCGACACACAUAAUAAUGGUGCUUCCCGUGGCCUAAAGGUUUUGGAUUCUGAGUCAUAUUGCACACAGACCAGCCUAAAUAUUGAUGGGAACAAUGACAGUGAGAUGUGCACUGCAGUGGGAAAUCUUGACGCCAAUGUGAAUCUUAAAAGUCGAACUCCACAAGAUGGCAUCACUGUUACAGAAAGUGACAAGUUUGGAAAAGAAAUGAAAGAUACUGAAGAUAAAAACAGCCCUGAUUUUGUGAACAAGGAGUGCACUUCUGCUUGUCAUAGUAAGAUGGAUAAAGAUUCUUUACUCCCCCCAAAAAAUGAAGUAGAUCAAUUUGAUUCUGUAUUAGAAGACAAGGUAAAAGAUCAAGGUACCACUGAGGGCAUGGAAGCUCCUUGCACCACUCAAUCAGAUUCUGGGGCGAAACCCACUGUUCCAUUGAUUGAUAAUCCUGGACAGCCCAAAGAAACAUCUUCGACUAUUAGGCAUCAGGAAACUUUUAAUCCCUCAAAAUCAGAUCUCCCUGAUGUUGCAUUUUCAAAUAGGGUUUCAACUGUUCCUAAUGAGGCUCAAACUUCUCCCGGGUCCGACUCAAAAUUGGCAAGCAGAAUUGAUGAAGAUUCAGUAUUGAAAGAAGCACAAAUUAUAGAGGCCAAACGGAAGAGAAUUGCAGAAUUGUCUAUUGUAACAUCACCAGUGGAGAUCUCCCAGAAAUCUAAGUGGGAUUAUGUACUUGAGGAAAUGGCGUGGUUGGCUAAUGAUUUUGCACAGGAGCGUAUUUGGAAACUAGCUGCCGCAUCUCAAAUAUCUUACCGAGUUGCUGUUGCUUCCCGGUUGAAAAAACAAGAAUGCCGUUUGGGCUUGGAUGCAAAGGGAGUUGCCCAUUCAUUGGCUAAAGCCGUCAUGGAGUUUUGGCACUCUAUAAAGUUGCAAAUUCACGAUACAAGCAAAGAACUGGAGCAGCAUCGUCGAAAAAACGGGGCACUUUCAAUCCAGGCUUAUGCAGUCAGUUUCUUGAAAUGUGAUAAACCAGAUGUUUUAUAUAACCAAGCAGAGGUGCCAUUAACACCAGAUAGAAUAUCUGAAUCUGGAAUAGACCUUUCAUGGGAGGAUAGUUUGACAGAAGAGAACCUUUUCUAUGCAGUACCCCCUGGAGCUGUCGAGGCCUACAGAAUGACAUUUAAUUCUCACGUGGCUCAGUUUGAGAGAAUUGGGAGUUCUGCGCGAGAGGAAGUGGAGACAUCUGCUUGUGAUGCUGCAGCAGACUUUGAAUCUCAUGAUAAUGGAUAUGAUGAGGAUGAGGUAGAAACAAACAUUUACAGCAUGUCGAUGGCCUUUGAAGGUACCAAAUCUUCAAGAUAUGGCCAAAAGAAGCGUAAACACUUAGUUCGAGCAUAUGGUGCAAGGCCAUAUGAACUGGGCUCUGAGUUGUUACCUAUGCAGCCUUCGGAAAAUAGAUUAGUAACUCCACAGUUUGCUAUAUUGGCAAAACGACCAGGCAGCAAUAUAAACGUGUCAAUUCCUACGAAACGGAUGCGAACUGCUUCACGGAGAGUUAUAAGUCCUUUUGGUGCAGGGGCAUCUGGAUGCAUUCAGGUUCCAAAUAAAACAGAUGCUUCAAGUUGUGAUACAAAUUCAUUUCAGGAUGAUCAUAGCACCCUACAUGGUGGAUUGGCUAUUCCAAAUAGCUUGGAAGUUGAGUCAGCUGGGGAAUUUGAAAAGGAAUUACCAUUUGGCUCUGCUGAAGUAUCAACAAAACCUAAGAAGAAGAAAAAAGCAAAGCAUCCGAAUGCAUCACAUGAACAGAGAUGGCCUAGUGAUUCGAGUUAUCAAAAUGAGCAGUUUCAUAGGGAUCUUUACCAAAAGAGGUCUGAGAUUCAUCACCCAGAGGCAAAUGGAAAUAAUGGGUUACUGGGUCAACACAUUGCAAAGAAACCCAAGCUUAUGCGGCAAUCUCAAGAUAACUCUUUUGACAUCCCAAGUGCUCUGUCUGUUCCUUCUCCAGCGGGCUCCCAGAUGAGUAAUAUGUCCAAUCCAAACCAAUUCAUUAAAAUGCUUGGUGGUCGGGAUCGGGGCAGAAAACCUAAAUCUCUAAAGAUGCCAUCUGGGCAGUCAGCGUCAGGAAGUACGUGGUCACUCUUCGAGGAUCAGGCCCUGGUUGUCCUUGCACAUGACCUGGGGCCCAACUGGGAGCUUGUAAGUGAUGCUUUUAAUAGCACUUUGCAUUUCAAGUGUAUAUUCCGCAAAGCUAAAGAAUGCAAGGAGCGGCAUAUAUGUUUGAUGGAUAGAAGUUCUGGUGAUGGGGCUGAUAGUGCUGAUGACUCUGGGUCUUCACAACCUUAUCCAUCUACAUUACCUGGCAUCCCAAAGGGAAGUGCCAGACAGUUGUUUCAACGUUUACAGGGGCCGAUGGAAGAAGAUACCCUGAAAUCUCACUUUGAGAAGAUAAUUGUGAUUGGACAAAAACAACUUUAUCUGAAAACUCAGAAUGAUAAUCAGGAUCCAAAGCAAUUUCAGCGCCCUCACAGCUCUCACACAAUUGCUCUUUCUCAAGUGUGUCCAAAUAAUCCAAAUGGAGGCCCUGUUUUAACGCCUUUAGAUCUGUGCGAUGCAAACUUUUCUGGGCCCGAUGUACUUCCUCUUGGGUAUCAAGGGGCACAUUCUAGCGGAUUGGUUAUUCCUAAUCAGGCUCCCAUGACUCAAAUGCUUCCUGCAUCUGGUGCCACUGCUCCAUUGCAGGGAGCCUCAAAUAUGAUUGGCAAUAAUUUCUCAUCUUCACCGGGUCCCCAUAAUACAUCUGCUAGGGAUGCUAGAUAUGGACUUCCAAGGUCUGGAUCAUUGCCUGCUGAAGAAAAUCAGAGGAUGCAUCUCUACAAUCAAAUGAUAGCUGGUAGAAGUAUACCACAAUCCAGUAUCUCUGCUCCUGGAGCCAUCCCUGGACCUGAUUGUAGUGCUCGUAUUCUUUCUGGUGGCAAUGGAAUGGGUUCUAACAGAAACAUGCCUAUAGCAAGGCCUGGGGUGCAAGGAGUUCCUUCGUCAUCUAUGGUUAAUUCUGGCAGUGCAGUUUCCCCUGGUUUGUCAUCUGGAAAUAUGCACACUGGGGUAGGUGCUGUUCAGGGAAGCUCAAUGGUCAGACCUCGUGAAGCUUUGAACAUGCAGCGGCCUGGCAUGAGUCAAGAUCCACAUAGGCAAAUGAUGGCGUCUGACCUUCAAACGCCCAGCAACAGCCAAGGAGUGUCUCACUGUGGUGGAUUAAGUUCCUCUUUUACUAACCCAACAACUUCACCGCCUGUGUCAUCUUACCCUCUUCAUCAUCUGCCAUCCCAUCCGAUAUCUCCACAGCAGCCUCAAGUUCCUAGUCCACAUCAGUCACAUUUUCAAGGACCAGCAAAUCUUGCUCCCAACAACCAGCAGCAAGCCUAUGCAUAUCGCUUGGCCAAAGAGAGGCAGCUGCAACAGCGUUUUCUGCAGCAACAACAGCAGCAGCAGCAACAGUUUGCUGCAUCAAAUUCUUUGAUUUCGAAUGUGCAGUCACAGACUCAACUUCCUGUAUCGUCAUCUCCAAUGCAAAAUAGUCCACAAGUACAACCACAAACAAGUUCUUCAACGGUACCACUUUCUCCAUUGACAUCCGUUUCGUCGAUGAAUGCAAUGCCUCAGCACCAACAGAAACAUCAAAUGCCAAAUCAAGGAGUUUCAAGAAAUGCUCAGUCUGGUGGUAGUGGUUUAAACAAUCAGAUGGGUAAACAACGGAUAAGGCAACCACAUCAGCCUUCACAGGCUAAUAGGCAACAUCCUCCGCAGAGACAGCAGUUACAAGCUCAGCAGCAAGCUAAGGUUGUCAAGGGAGUUGGUCGAGGGAACUUGAUGAUGCAUCAGAAUAUCUCAACUGAUGUUGUCUUACUGAAUGGAGUUUCACCAAUUCCUGGGAACCAAUGUUUGGAGAAAGCAGAACCUGUCACCAAUUCUAUGCAAAGUCAAGGUCUGUAUACUGGUCCAGCACAAAAUUCUGUGCAACCAUCAAGGCAAUACAUGGCUUCGCAACCCAAUCAAACUCUGCCUCAGCAAAAGAUGUAUUCAGACCAAGCAUCCUCAUCACUAAAACAUCCUCAACUGGCACCUCAGCCUGAUAGUAGCAGUCAAAGUCGUGGUCCUGCUGCUGCUCCUCCUGCUUCAUCUGUGCAACAACCCAGUUCAUCUUUGGCUAUUGCUGGGCCAAACAACCAAGCACCAUCUCACCAGAAAUUUGUGAAUCAAAAUCAACCAGCUCUCCAGAGACUUGGUCAACCAAAUCGCCAGACUACUCCUGACGCAUCAAGUAAACCCCAAAGCAGAGAUUCUGAUGUCAAUCAUCAUCCAGCAAGUGGCUUUGCUGGAAUGGAUGCAAUGACCACAUCACCUCAGGUUUCUAAAAUCGGUUCAAAUGCAGUUCCAGUUGUAUCACAGCCAAAUUCUCAUAAGUGGCAUGCUUCCGAACCAUUAGUGGAUUCGACUGCAUUAAAUUCACCCAAAAGCUUGGUAUCUAAGCCGUCUGACUCAAGUGAGCCUGUGCCACAAGCAGGCCAAGGGCUUGGCCAUAGACCACCUUCCAGCUUACCCAUAGCUAGGCAUGACACUAUUGCUCUAAGGCAGCAGCCGCAGCCGUCACUACAGCCUCCCUCUCUGGCACCCCAACCUCAGCAGCCACCGAAGCCGGUACAUUCUCAACCGAAGGCACAGCUUCUUCAAGCUGGAAGUCGCAAUUUGUAUGGUAGGUCGAGUGACACUAGAUUGGAAUGAAUGAAGGCCACCCAACACGUAAGUGCGACAGAUAUUGGUCGUGCCCAUAUUGGGUCAUCAUACCCUUGCGAUAGCAGUGUACAGAGAAGCCCGUGGGAAGCAGAAGGAUGAGGGGAAGAUGACCACUGAUCGAUGGUAAGACUUCUAUGUAAGUCAGAAAGAUGCUCAUCGAUCAAAUUCUUGUUAGGAUGCUGUGUAUAUUAUGUAGACAAAUAGAGAUAGGUGUACAGUAUCUCACAUCUCCUUUAGGUGGUGUCGAUGAUUUUUUUGUGCUCGUAUGAGGAGCUAAUAUUUGUUGACGCCUGUGUAGAUGAGUCGUGUAUUAUUGGCCGUAAUGCUUAAGGGCUCGUGAAUAUCUUUCUUGUAUGGCCGAAGGCUGUGGAAAUUUUGUGAAUGUUAGUCUCUCCUUUUGUAUACACUGAGCCACAAUUUGUCAAAAAUAGUUAUUAUCGUCUGUGCGGCUUCAGUAUUCCACGAACAAAA